UUUAUCAACAUGGCAAAAGCGAGAUACUAGCUAAACCUGCUAUUAUGGCCGAUAUUACAUUAUCAAAGGUGAACCGGUUACAAGUGGACGUAGCUUGUUUAUAAUGCACACAUUGGCAUUGGCGUCUUGGAGGGUACUAGUGCCGGUUGUUCAAAAUUUAAAGUACGUGUUACCACUAUACCGCGCUAUGGCAGGAACAGCUAAAAUUAACUUCGACACGAAACAUCUGAAGAAAGGCGAUCCCCUGCCCCCGUACAAUGGCAAGCUUCGGAUCUACAACAUGCGUUAUUGCCCAUACGCACAGCGCACGAUCCUCGUUCUCAACGCCAAGCAAAUCGACUACGAAGUUAUCAACAUUGACCUGAUGGACAAACCCGAAUGGCUCACCAGCAAAAGCCUUUUUGGUAAGGUGCCUGCAAUCGAAGUCUCAGAUGGCGUUUGCAUCGCAGAGAGCCUGGUCACGUCGGAGUAUUUAGACGAGGUGUACCCGCAGCGGCCGUUGCUGCCCAAAGACCCGUUGAAGAAGGCGCUCGCUAAAAUCAUCGUCGAAGGAUCGGGACCGAUACAAACAAUGAUGUUCAAAAUCUUGAGAACCCCAGACCAAGUCACCGAAGAAAACAUUGCGGCGUACAGGAAGUUCUUGAGCUUUAUCCAAGACGAAGUAAAGAAGAGCGGAACCAAGUUCCUUGGAGGGUCCGAACCAGGAUACGCGGACUACAUGAUCUGGCCUUGGUUCGAGAGAAUGGUGCCGUUAUCAGAGCUGUAUGAUGCGGUGAAGAUAGAUGAGACUGAAUACAAACUACUUUGGGAAUACAUCAACAACAUGUUCAAGGACCCAGCUGUGAGCCAGUACGUGCUGUCGAAGGAGAUUCUUUUUAAGUUUCUUGAGCCCUACAAAACUGGAGGAAAACCUAAUUAUAAUCUCCUUACUGUGGAGUAAUUAAUUUAAUUUGAAAUUAUUUAUAAAUAUAUGUACAGUGUUACGGGUUAUGAAAUAAAAAAUAAGGAAUAAGA